GUAGUCAAAGAAGUCGGUCCACCCCAUGAUCGUUCUUACGUAGUUCGAUGUUCUUUGAAGAAUCCGAAGAACGAGGUUGUUGUUGAGACGGUAGGUGAAGGGCGUAAGAAGAAAGAGGCUACUCAAAGUGCAUGCGCGAACGUUCUUUCCCGACUGCGAGGCAUUGAGAAUUCACCGCUUUUUAUCGCAUCAUCGCUGUACAAAUUGCAAAAACGUGUUCUAAAUCCGUCUAGAGAGCCGAAGAGAAAGACUAUAAUAAAGGAUAUGAAAAUGGAUCCGACUUACGGUCAUCAGAUCAAUCCAGUUUCGCGUCUUAUUCAAGUACUGCAAGCUCGCUGUGAGGAUGAGCCACAGUUUGAGUUGAUCUCAGAACAGGGCCAAAGUCGCUACAAGGAGUUCACUUUAUGUGAAACCAUUGCCUCCACCUGGAAAGAGUUUGGCUCAAAAGAAAAUCGAAUACUCAAUCAUCAACAUAGUGUCUUUGAUCCGAACGAUCUGAUUACUCCGCCAGUGCAGAAUGCCACAGGCUGCACCUCAUCGGCUCAGCCUGAUCAGCAAGAUUCUCGAAAUUCUGAGGAGCAGUCUCUUCAGGAAGGACUACUAACAAGCCGAACAAAACCGGCUCGUGCAGAGCCAGCAUGUCCGCAUCGAAUGAUGCAGACGGUUGAAGGAUCGCACAACGGCUCAUCUCCGCGUCGUCGUGUUACAUUCAGCAACCAAGUGAAAGCUUGCCCUCCACCAGCAAUUUGUUAUGUGACGGGUCGCGUAAAGCGUAUUAGAAGAACAAAAGAGGCGAAACGGGCUUUGUCUGACGAUCAAAAGUGUGAGAUCCGUGAAAUAGCAAGAGUAUCGAUACAAGCGUUGCAGAGUCCGAACAUGAUCCCGUGUGCAGAAGGCGGCCCAGAUUCGGAAUCUUGUCAGCUGCUCAGUGCCAGACGUCGUCUUGAUAGUAUGUCGGAGACCUUCAAGUUCAGCGUGCAGUACACAAACUUCCCAAAGGUUUGUCAUGGACGUGGUUCUACGAUGGAGGCGGCAGCCGAAAAUGCGGCUUUCAACGCCAUUUCGAAUUUGUGCACUUACGAUCAGCCGGUGUCACCACAGGAACAGCAACUUGGCGCUCUGUCUCCAUGUAACUAA